ACGCAGCUAUGAAACAACUGGCUGAGCUUAACCUAAAGUGGAGAACGCCGCUUCUCCCAGGAAUCUGAGUUGAUUGCCAGCUUUCAAUCCGACCUGACCUCUGAUCGAUCCAGACCCUGCCACGCCUAGCUCCACAACAAGAUGAGCACCUACUUCAACUACCCCUCGGCCGAGCUCCAAAAGGAGCUGAGCUCCAUCGCCAAGAAGAUGGCCACCCCCGGGACGGGCGUGUUGGCCGCUGAUGAGUCUAAUGGCACCAUGGGCAAACGUCUGGCCAGCAUCAAUGUGGAGAACACGGAUGCCAAUCGCCGGGCCUUCAGGCAAUUGUUGUUCACGGUGCCCAAAGAGAAGUUGGAGGGUCUGUCUUCCGUGAUCCUCUUUGACGAGACGACGCAGCAGAAAUGCGACGAUGGCAAGAGCAUGAUUGAACACAUCAAGGAGUUGGGAUUGGUGCCCGGGAUCAAGACCGACAAGGGCGUCAAGGAUUUGUUCGGCUCCGAGGGCGAGUGCACCACCCAAGGGCUCGACGACAUGGACAAGCGUUGUGCCGAAUACAAGAAGUUGGGCUUGGACUUUGCCAAGUUCAGAUGCGUGAUCAAGAUCGGCCAGAACAUCCCGUCCUACCAAGCCAUCAUGGAGAACGCCAACGUGUCGGCUCGCUACGCCUCCAUCAGUCAAGCGAACGGUCUGGUGCCCAUCGUCGAGCCCGAGGUCCUCUGCGACGGCGACCACGACUUGGACCGGUGCCAAAAGGUCACGGAGACCGUGUUGGCCGCCACCUACAAGGCCAUGAGCGAUCACCAUGUGUUCCUCGAAGGCACGCUCCUCAAGCCCAACAUGGUCACGCCGGGCAUGCAGUGCGCUAAGCGGGCCACGCCCCAAGAGAUCGCCCGAGCCACCCUCACCGCCCUGAGCCGCACCGUGCCCCCGGCGGUACCCGGGAUCGUGUUCCUCUCCGGUGGACAGAGCGAGGAGGAGGCCUCCAUCAACUUGAGCCACAUCAACCAGAUCACGGACAUCCCCAAGCCGUGGAACGUCUCCUUCAGUUUUGGACGGGCUCUCCAGGCCUCGGCCUUGAAGGCCUGGGGCGGCAAGAACGUGCAAGCCGGCCAAGAGGCUCUUCUAGCUCGGGCUAAGAUCAACGGCUUGGCUCAAUUGGGCAAGUAUCAUGGAGAUGGUAAAGCCACCGGAGCCGCCGGCGAAUCCUUGUACGUGGCCAACCACCAAUACUGAGAAGGCCCUGAUGACCCCCCAACCCCCGGA